UUCCUACUUAUCUUCCGUGGUUUGCUAUCUUCACACGUCACUCUAAAAUGCUCUUUUAUCGCAAAUAAAUGCUGAAAUUUGUGGUUUUAAGUAUAAAAACGUGUCAUUUAAACGUUUGUCUAUGUGUAUUUAAUAAGUAUACCGUUUAUUUAGGUGUUUAAAUAGGUUGCAACUGUUUUCAAAAGUUAUAUUUAAUAGGUAUUUCAAUUUUGGGUCUUAAAAAGCGAUUGAAAUAUUUGUUUGGUGUACUAUUUGAAAACGUAUCGCCACUUUAGUGCAAUAAAAUGGAGAGCGAAGCCUGUACCAGUCGAAACGUCGAAUGUAAAAAGAUGAGGUUAGAAAAUGGUGCUACGAACAUCAUGACCAACAGCAAAACUGAGGAUGUGAGGAAAUUUCACGUUCUCGACGAGCUGGAAGAUGAGGAGAGCGAACAUUCGGAGUAUUCUUACGAUUCAGAUGUACCCGAUGAUGAGAUUGAGAAAAUGCUUGAAGAUGCUUUCGAGAAUAAGAAAAGAAAGGCUACUGAGGCUGGUUUGGACAUUCCAGAGAAAGAGCAACCGUUCGAGCAAAAAGAAAAAGUAGUGUUAAUCGAAAAGGGAAAAAAUCACUUUGAAAUGCUUCCUGAAGGGUGGAUACAGGUCACGCAUGACAGCGGAAUGCCUUUGUACCUUCACAAACAAUCUAGAUGUUGCACGUUAUCGAAACCAUACUUUUUAGGACCCGGUUCGGUCAGAAAACACGAAAUCCCACUUAGUGCUAUACCGUGUUUAAACUACAGGAAAGCGUUAGAAAAGGAGAAAGAACCCACCUUAGAACCCAAGUUAGAUCCGAAUAACUCCUUAAAAGAUAUACCCAACGCGCGUAUUGAAACGGUGCAGGAAAACAUAGAAAAACAUAACCUAAAACCGGUUAAUGUAAGGGAGUAUUGCGAGGGUCUGUUCCAGUUUAAGACCAUACAAGUUUUGAGGUUCAAAUCUUGGUCGGAGAGGAGGGAAUUCACCAAGAAAAAAAAGACCUCAAAACAGUUGGAAAGGCCUACUUUGCCUGAUGGCACAAAACUUAUCACUUUCCCUAUAAAAACUUCCACUGGGGAAAACAAUUCCAACGCCAAAAAAGAAUGGAUCAUGAAUCCCAACGGUAAAUCCUACGUGUGUAUUUUGCACGAAUACGUGCAACACGCCCUAAAAAAACAGCCCUCCUAUAAGUAUACUGAACUGGAAAACGCCGCAACUCCCUAUCAAGCAACCGUGUCGAUAAAAGACAUGAAAUACGGCGUGGGCUAUGGAACGAGCAAAAAACAAGCGAAGGCGGAAGCUGCCAGGGCCACCUUGGAAAUUUUGAUACCGGAAAUGAAGAGCAAAAUCCAAACCGACAACCGGAUGGGCGCCAUAGCUAAAAGAGAUGAGGAUCAAGACUUAUCGUUUUUCGACGAAAUUCGAGUUGAAGACCCCAGGGUUGCCGAAUUUUGCGCUAAAACAACUGAACCCAGUCCGCACGAUAUUUUACUAACGUGUCUACAAAGAAAUUUCGGUCUGGGCGAUCUGGACAUCAAUUACCACGGAAACACGUUAAAAAAUCAGGGGAAUGAGUUCACAAUGUCUGUAGGUAAACACACUGCAACCGUGGUUUGCAAAAAUAAAAGGGACGGAAAACAGAGGGCAGCACAGGCGAUUCUGCAGUCGCUACACCCCCACAUAACCUCAUGGGGGUCCCUGUUGAGGCUCUACGGAAAUCGCUCGGUAAAAAGUUUCAAGGAGAAAAAGUUAGACGAGCAAGAAAUAACCUUGUUGCAAAGUAAAGCAGCAGUGAAUUCCCCAAAUUUCGCCAUAUUGGAUAAAUUGAAGUUAGAGUUAGGAAAACUUCGAGAUAAGAGAAAAGCUAUUCAACCGAUUGGCGUUUUUAUGCCCUCCGAAAAUCAAGAAGUCCCCAAAUUGAGUUCUGCCAACCUAAAAAAUGUCGAUUUGUAAUUUUAGUAAUUUUUCGUUAAUAAUAAAGUAAUUGCUUGAGUAAA